UAAGGCACACCGGAGGUUCCUAAAGAUUUCUACAAACAUGAACAAGCACUCUCUAAUAAUUUUCUUGACCACCUGUAUUGUGGCAUCUUCGGCUUGGCAUCUUCGGGUGUCGUUAAACGACAUUUUUAAGGGGCAAUGUCGAACAGUCAGCCCUAGGGUGUGUCGGAAAAGUUUAGGAAAUAUCGAUCCUGAUUACAGUUGUGGAUUUAUAUUAAGGAGUGUCUGUGCUGGAAAGAACAAGAUAGAGAGGGUUCGAGUCCGCCGAUCGUCAAUAAAGCCAAAUCAUGAACACUCUCUCCACGUCACACCGCUUCCAAAGAAAAUGGCGUUCUAUGACGCGAACUCUGAUGGACAAAUCACCGUUAAGGAGUUUGCGCGAACUCUGGGUCACGACCCGCGAGCCUUUCACGUCAAAGACGCUUUCAAAGUGGCAGACCUCAACAGUGAUGGUGCAGUGGAUGCAUUCGAAUUUGAAAAUGACGCUUGGAUUUUUAAUGACGAUUUUGACGAUGAUGACUAUGACCUUGAGGAUACAGACGUAGAAUCCUACAAAUCUGUAAACUUUGACCUCCUUGAUAGCGAAGAAGACAGUUCCAGUAGCGAGAGUAGCUCAGAGUCAUCAGCGCACAGUUCCGGCGAGUCUGCUUCCGGUGACGAUAGUCAUGACAGCAACGACGUGUCCUCGAGUGGUGAUGACAGUAACGACGAUUCAACGAGUGGAGACUCAAACGGUGACAUUUCAGGUGACAGCGAUUCAACAGAUGAUAGCAAUGGCAGUCAUUCAAACGACCACAGCACUGAUGAUAGUGGCGACGACUCCAAUGACGAUAGCACAGGAGACGAUGACAGCAAUAGCAGUAAUUCAAAUGAAAGCUCAAAGGACGGUGAUAGCAAAGAUAGUGACAGCGAUAGCAAAGAAGAUAGCAAGGACGACAGUGACGAAAAGACGCAUGACAGCAAGCACAAAGAGGAAGUAUUGCCCGAUAUGGGGGAUCUAAAUCUGGAAGAUAUCGUCCCAAAAGAAAUAGAACUUGGUGACGGGGUUAUUGGAGAGGCCAUAGAUAAUGUCAUCGGAGAUGGAAUGGAGUUAGAAGUUCCAGAAUUGGAGGCUCCAGAUUCCGACACGUUGAAAAAUGUUGGCAUUGCAAUGGCAUUGACCAAGUUCCAACCUUCGCAAAACCAGAUACAUUCCAAAGUCGGAGGUCAGUCCCAUGCUGUCGACGAUCACGCAAACCAUAAUCAUAAAGAGUAUGAUUUCUCCAAGGGUCAAGGCAAUUUCUUUGCUUCAGCCAUGAAUCCCAAACCAACAAUGUUGUCCAAUACCCUUCUUGGGAUAAGAGGAUCGGGCUCGGGAUCCAGGAUGAGAUCAGUGGACAGCUCACAGGCCAGAGAAAGGUUCAGUUCUAUAGCAAUGAAUAACAGACGAAGAGUUCCGGCGUCACUUUGGCCGUCAUGGAUCGUCUCGUAGCAACAGCAAAAAUACUAUCCAAUCACAGAAAACAAUCCAAAUGAAAGAUAUGUCAGCUGCUAAGCUACAAAAAUGGAACAAUUAGACAUUUCUUUUUAAGGUGUAUCAUUAUUUUUUUUUUAAUGUUCCGAACUCAUAAUCAAAUAUUUAUUCAGCCUGUUUGGGGC